AUGAAGUCAUUCGCCCCGUUGGUUCUCACAGUUUUUAUCCCCUCCGUAUAUGGACAUGGGUAUCUUACCAUUCCGAGCAGUCGAACUAGACUAGGGGCCGAGGCCGGGUUGGACAGCUGCCCAGAAUGCAGUAUCCUUGAACCCGUCUCCUCCUGGCCGGAUCUCAACGUCGCACCAGUGGGCCGUAGUGGACCAUGCGGCUACAAUGCCCGCGUCUCCAUCGACUAUAACCAGCCCACCAGCAACUGGGGAACAACUCCCGUCGCCGUCUACGCUCCCGGUCAAGUUGUCGACGUACAGUGGUGCGUCGACCACAACGGCGACCAUGGUGGUAUGUUCAGCUAUCGCAUCUGUCAGGAUCAGGCCCUCGUCGACAAGCUCUUGACGCCCGGGUAUCUCCCGACGAAUGUGGAGAAGCAAGCCGCCGAGGACUGUUUCGAAGCGGGUACCCUGAGCUGCACGGACGUUUCUGGCCAAGCCUGCAACUACAGCCCGGACUGUUCGCAAGGUCAAGCCUGCUGGAGGAAUGAUUGGUUUACUUGUAACGGAUUCCAGGCCUCGGAUAGGGCGAGGUGCAAGGGUGUCGACAAUGCGGCCAAGGGGUCAUGCUUCACGACCAUUGCCGGUGGGUACACCGUCACGAAGAAGAUCAAGAUUCCCGAAUAUGUCUCAAACCACACCCUCCUAUCCUUCAAGUGGAACUCGUACGAGACGGGUCAGAUCUACCUGUCCUGUGCCGAUAUUGCCAUCUCCGACGGCACGGGAGGGAACCCGCCCACGACCACCACAAAGAGUGCGACACCCACCUCGACCGAUGGCACUUGCACUGCAGCGAGCACAGUAGCUGUGACUUUCAACGAGGUCGUCACAACGCAGUACGGCCAAACAAUCAAGCUCGUGGGAUCCAUUCCCGAGCUGGGUAGCUGGAACCCAUCCAACGCGCCUGCACUUGACGCCUCCAAGUACACGACCUCCAACAACCUGUGGACCAUCACUCUGAACCUUGCAGCGGGAACUUCAUUCGAGUACAAGUUUGUCAACGUCGGUUCUUCUGGAGGUGUCACUUGGGAGAGUGAUCCCAACCGGUCGUACACGGUUCCGAAGUCGUGCUCUGCUACUGCUACCGUGAGUAACAACUGGAAAUAG